CGCUCUCCUUUCGAGAGUACAGCGCGCGUGUAUGGCGCCGUGAGACCGCGGACUGCUCUGUCAGUCGCCCGUGCCCUGUGCUACGGUUAGGACCGACGACACACACACACAUACACAUACAAACGCACGACCGUUUUCGACACUACACAGACGCGCGGCCCAGAGGCCUGCUGCUAUACCUACUCUCUCCCACGAGGCCUUUUCUCGUUCACGGAGAAAGAGGAAGAGGAGGAAGAAAGAGAGAAAGGGAAGGAGGAAGCGCUCGCGGGAUAUAUCCUUCAGGCGCGGAUCUUUUUUCCGGAGUUGUUCUAGUCUGGUGCGCGCGGGACGACGAAGCUUUCGCAAAUUUCUUUCGAUUGUUGUAUCAGUACUUGGCAGUGAACGAGUUGUUUUAUUUUCUUCGUUGCGUCGUGGUGCCGAUGAUUAGUGCUUCUUGAUUGGGAGAGUCACCGAGGAGGAAGAAGCACACGUCCCAUAAGAGAGCCGGAGAGAUUUUGGUACUGCAGGAUGAUCUGGUGAAAAGGAACGAGCGAGUGAGGUCAGUCAGGAAGUCAUGGCGUGCAGCGGCGUUUCGUUCGGACGAACCGUUACGAGCUCUGCGCUUGUCUUACUGGUACUGCUGCAAGCAGCACUGGUGUGGGACCAAAGCCUAGCGACACCUGUGCCCGUACCCGCCAAGAAGAACGACAUCCUUGCAGGCACGGAAUUUCUCUCAGUCUUCAUCAACGGUGCUAUGGCACCCAGGCCGACAAGGAGACGCAUCAGCCUGAGACGUGACAACACCGUAGCAGCUGACAACGUUCCCGCAGAAUCGAAGAACGAUGAAGCCAAUAUUUUCAGGAUAUCGCGUGCCCCCAUCACCAUCAAACCCACGGCACCGAGACCUCGAACUACAGCAGUCCGGGAAGAAGGCAUCCGAUACUAUCCGAUCAGCCACAAACUCUUAGACAAUCGACACCACAGUCUGGACUCCAUCGUGGAUGACCUCGGCAGACCCGGUGAAAUAUCCACAAAGUUCAUUUCCAAGCCUGGUGAUUCCGCCAGGAAAGUGAAUGCCGCUAAACCAGCUAACAAAGCGGCCAAACCUAUGAUGAACCAAAAAGUCAUUGGCGUGAGCGUUACGUCAACAGUCGAGGCGACGCCUUACAAAGUUAGAGUCGAGUACCACGAUCCAAACAGUGUCUCGAUGAUAACACGACCACCUCCUGUAUUAGCCACGACUUUGUACGCCACGUCUAAUCCGACCUUGGCUUCUUCCACUUUCUUACAACCCAAAGUGAUGACGACCACGGAAACUGACACCACUCUACCUCCAGCUAGGCUGGUAACCGAGGAACUCAGCAAUAUAGUCUCGGAAUCGAAUAGAAGCGAGUUCUCCGUUGACGAAGGUGCUCCGAGGACCAGCGUGCAAGACCGGUCGUUUGUCACUCCGAAACCUACUCAGCGACAUCACACGGUGCCAGUUGACAAUCAUCAGGAUGCGAGAGAUUCGGCAGUGAGCAGUAGUAACUCGGAGCCCGUAGAGCAGAGAUACGAGUUUCCAGAGCGCCAUCCCGAGGUCAACCACGAACUGCCCGAAGUUCACGGGCCAUUGCUGCGUACUCAGGGUCGCAAAAUAGGCAGGCACUUUGAGGACUCGUCCUACAACCAACCAACGAAGAUAUACAAUACCAGGCAGAACGGCAAGGUUUACGAUAAUCAACACUCGAAGGUCUUUGGAGAACCAGCCAAGGUCUACAACGAACCUGCCAAAGUCUACGGAGAACCUGAGAAGGUUUACAGCGAACCUGCCAAAGUCUACUCAGAGCCCGCAAAAAUCUAUUCUGAGCCAGCCAAGGUCUACAGCGAACCGUCCAAGGUCUACAGCGAGCCAGCCAAGGUCUACGGUAAGCCUGAGAAGGUCUACUCUGAGCCUGCUCGAGUGUACUCCGAACCAGCUAAGGUCUACUCGGAGCCUUCCAAGGUCUACGGUGAACCUGCUAAGGUCUACAACAGCAACAGGCAACCAUUCGGAGAACCAGAGGAGAAGAACUACGAAGUGGACGAAGCCGUGAGCGUUGGUAGCAACGGCAACGUUCACGGGCCACAGUCCUUUACCGAGGCUACCAACAUGGACGAGGAUGGCCACAAGGUUGGCUAUGUGGUGGAGGGACGCAACUACCGGAAGUACCGGGUGGAAGAAAGGACGCCUGACGGAUUUAUUGUAGGAGAGUACGGCGUCGUUAGUCACGAUGAUGGAUCGCUGAGGGGAGUCAGGUAUACAGCCGACGGGACUAUCAAUCCUCGGCUUAUCUACGACGCUCUGAUGAAAUUCCUCGCGCUUUGAGCUCGGAAAUCAUCGAGUUAGGGAACUGACUUUAUAGGGAAAUUACGAUGUGUGUCGCUAGAUUUCUCUCUGUGUGCACGCGUGUGUCGAUGCGGAUUCCUCUACAGGAAGAAACGUUCGGGAGGUCUGUGACUGCUUGUUGUUUUGUGAGGGUGAAGAGGAGAAUGGCAAUAUUUGUCACGUAAAUUAGUGAGUGAUGAUGUUAUGUGCGAGUGUUAAGUAAUUGGACCUCAAUUUGAGAACGUAUUAAUGUGAUUGCGAUUUGCCAAAAUCGUCUGAUUAUGAUGUUUUAUUGCUCGAUCUGUUUUAAUUAUUUCAUCGUAGAUUUUUCUUCAUUUCGACUUGACUAUGCCAUCCGAAUUAGCGAAUGCAAAAGUCCAUAGAGCGUAUUAUUAAAUCUUAGUGCAAAGAAUUGCGCUUAGCACUAAAUGAUCGAAGCGAGAAGAGUGAAAUGAAAUAGGUUAUCCUUUGUGACGUUGUAACGUUCGAAUUUGCGUAAUUUAAAAUUUGUUGGCUUACAAUGAUGACGAUAAACAUGAUUUUCUUUCUGUAAAGGCAUGCGCGUUGGCAUAUUUAUUAAACAUACUGCUUUAAAUAACGUUCUUGAUAUGAAUUUCUUGCGAUUCUAUUGCCAUCGAGUCAUGACGACCGAACGACUGAUUUCUUUUUCUCCCUUUUAAUUUUUGCUCUUGCCAACUCAACUGCCUCAAUUUUAGUAUUAAGCACGACUUUUAGAAUUUAAGACGAUAGAUCGCUAGAAAGUUUCGAAAUUAUUUAAGUUAUACUUCGUAAAUUAUAAAAAGUUAACCCUUUAGAAAUCAAAUCGAUUAUCGCUGUUAAAGUUUUUCCAAGAAGAUAAAGACUCGUGAAAAGUGCAUCUAAAUUAUUCGAAAUUUCGUUGUUUUAUAAUGUUGAAACGUUGAAAACGAAAACGAAGGUGAUCGUCAAGUGGAACGAAAGAACGUAGCAUCAAGCUAAACUACUUUCUAUGUAUUUGCUAUUCAUCUAUAUACCAUUUAUUCUUUGUACGCGUCUCACGAAUGCUUCGUAUCUAGAUGUGUGCCUUCUUCGAAUUAUUUCGCAGUCAGGAUAGUUAUAUUGAUCUUUGACGUGGUAUACUACGAUGGUGAGUCAUUGCAAAUAGCUGUAGUCCGAGUGAAAGUUCUUUCAUGAUGUCGUUGAAUCAAGAUUAUUUAUGACAAUUAAAGCUUCUUUCGGACGAUAGCAAAAAUUUGCUUCUGUGCCGAAGAUGCCAAUUUGCGUAAAUCACAGCUGCCAGAGCCUUCGGGAUUAUAUGAUAUAAUUAUAAUAAUUUACUAACAAUGAACAAUAACUCUAAUGAAGGGAGAUUGAAUUUUGAAAAAAGAAGCCUUUGAUAAAAAAAAAUGUUAUUAAUCUUAAUGAAUUAAGAUAUCUAGGUCACCUUCUAACAAUAUACGAAAUCCGAUGAAAUGUAGGCUCCGCAGCUGUGAAAAUUGCGGACUUGUCACGGCAGCAAUUUUUAAAAAUGUUUGGGUUAUUAUGCGAUGAAACGCGUUGUAAGCCACGUUUGCAAAAAUGAAAUUUUCUCAAUGUCACGAUGUAUGCAUAUCGAUAAAGAGAAUUUCGCUAUGCUUAUUAUACUAUAGUAAUGUUAUUUCAAUAUAUAGGCUCAAUUAGAUAUUUAAGUAGGACCGUUAUUAUUAUUCCGAUUACCUCAAGUGUUGAGAAAGUUCCUUCCGUGCGACGUUAUACAUACGUACAGGUUCUCCAAUAAUUUUUGCCUACUUCCUUUGUAAUUGCAAAAUUUUCCAAUUACUCUGUAUGCAACAACCUCGACACUCGUUUUAUAUAGGUAAUUCAGAAUAAAUACGCUAUUAUAAGUAAAAUAAAAUGGAAACGCCGAUAUUCAUUGCAGUCAACUGUAUUUAGAGCGUUAUCUCUUGUAUAACCGUGUAAGUUUUUAUCGUAUAUUAUCUUUAAAUGUACAAACGUCAUCGAGUUAUUAAUUACUACGCUUAUUACCUCGUUGUUUUUUUUUCUCAUUUACAUACUUCCAUUACACGGCGUAGGCGCAAUGUGAUUUUAUUGGGAUUUUUGCUUGCAUGUGUAUACGUGUGUGGACUUUUUCGAGCCCAUUUUGGAGCUGAAGCAAAAGAAAAAGGACCGCUGAUCAACCCUCUCGUUUCCUAAUGUCGAGUUGUCCGUCGAUUGCUUGCCCAAUGCUCAUCUUCUAUCAAUUGUAACAGUAUGAAUAAAUGUUUGAAUAAAAAAGUAUAAGGCCACACGAUGCCAUAAUCGCUGAGAUUGUUGUACGCGAAUGAUGUACACUGGUAGGUAAUAUUUACUGUUUUAUGUAUUCGCAUGUAUAAGCGCUAUACGCAGUCGUCAUUUCUCAAAUGCACUUUUGUAAUAAAUCCAUUAUCAUGAAAUGAAA